UUAAAACACACACGGUUGAAAAUAAUGCAUUUUUACAACACAACUAUGCCAACACUAUUUUUUCUAGUGUUGUACACGCUACUAUCUGGUUUGAAAGUUUCCGGGUAUGCAGUUGGUCAAUCAAAAUAUGGCAAAAUUGAAAAAUUUCCCUAUCAAGUGAUGUUGAUUGGUAAGCAAUUGUGGCGGAAGAGAAUACUUUGCGGUGGCACAUUGCUCGACAAACGCUGGGUGCUUACUGCAGGUCACUGCACCAUGGGAGUAACGCAUUUCGAUAUAUAUUUGGGUGCAAAUAGUGUUGAGGACUCUGAAUUAUCUGGGCGCUUGGUAUUGCGUUCGAAUAAGUUUAUAGUGCAUGAAUAUUUCAAUCCUGAAGUGGCAGCAAAUGAUAUUGCAUUGGUGAAGCUGCCCAUCGAUAUAACAUUUUCAUCACGCAUACAACCAGCUAUGCUGCCAUAUAAUUUGCCCAAAGAUCAAUUUAUCGGUGCUAAAGUUGUUGCCAGUGGUUGGGGUGCAGCUGGUGAAAUGCAAAAUUCUGAUGAAAUGCAAUACACAGAAUUAAAAGUCAUAUCGAAUGCCGCCUGUGCUGAGCAAUAUGAUGUGAUAACUAAAGGUGUUAUUUGUGCUAAAGGUCUUAAAGAUGAGACAGUAUGCACCGGAGACUCAGGUGGUCCACUUGUCUUGAAAGGUACUCAAAUGGUCGUCGGUAUUACCAGUUUUGGUCCAGCUGAUGGUUGUGAAACAAAUAUUGCUGGUGGUUUCACACGUGUUACCUACUAUCUGGAGUGGAUCCAAGCAAAAAUUGGUGCAGCAAAUAAAGCGGCGCAAGCGCAAACAAUGCAAGUGCAAGUGCAACAAAAACAACAGCAACAUACACAGCGUAUAAGCAUAGAUCAUGAAAAUAGUGUAUAGAUAGAAAUGUUUAAAAAUUUUUUACGGGGGGUAGAAUAUCAAAAUUUAUGGGAUUGUUAAAUAUUUUGACUGACUGAUAAUUUUAGCUUUAUUUCAUUAUUUUCGUGUUCAUAGUAAAUAAGUAUAAAGUUCUAAACGAUAAUGAAAUCUUAAAAGAAAAUUUUGGCGUUCAAUGCACUUUUUUCUAUAAAAGUUUUAUGUAACGCACGUAUUAUUUUAGCCACCACUGUUAUACUUAGAGGUGUGUCGUGAGCGAAAGAUUUGAUAGAAAUUUUAUAUAUAAGAAUAAAA